UUGAAAUGCAUCAGAAGAAGACGAAGGAGUACCAGCUGCUGUGGAAACCAAACGGGACAGAACCCCAAAAUUAAAUAUCUGUUUCAAAUCCAAAUCUUUAUAUUUACGCUUCUUCUUUGGUGUCAUGUGUUACCACUUAAACGCAUCAGUGUAGCUGCGCCAUCUGAAUAACACAAACGAAGAUGACUUCUAAAACAAAAGUUGGCAAGACCGGCUCCAAGAAUAAGGAGGAUGCUCCUUAUGAGCUGGAGAGCCAGUUCAUCCUGAGGUUGCCUUUGGAGUAUGCUUCAACAGUGAGACGAAUUGCACAGUCUAGCAGUAUGAACAUGAAAGACAGACUCACCAUUGAGUUGCACCCCGAUGGUCGCCAUGGCAUCGUGAGAGUUGACCGUGUCCCUUUGGCCUGCAAACUAGUGGAUCUGCCUUGUAUGAUUGAGUCCCUGAAAACUGUGGACAAGAAGACAUUUUAUAAAACUGCUGAUGUCUGCCAGAUGCUGGUAUGUUCACUAGAUGGAGACCUUUACCCUCCGCUAGAGGAGCCAACUGGCACCGAUCCUAAGAGCAAGAAGAAGGAUAAAGACAAGGACAAGAAAUUUGUUUGGAACCACGGCAUCACCUGCCCUCUGAAGAACACACGCAAGAGGAGAUUUCGGAAGACUGCGAAAAAGAAGUACAUUGAAUCCCCUGAUGUGGAAAAGGAGGUGAAGAGAUUGCUGAGCACAGAUGCAGACGCUGUUAGUGUUCGAUGGGAAAUAAUAGCAGAGGACGAGUCCAAGGAAGCAGACCAACAUAGCUCUCUGGCAAACCUGGACUCCUCGCCCGGGACCUCAGGGCACAAGAUGGGUCAUGAGUCCUCUGCCCAGCGUGACGAGCUGAGGGAGAUCUUCAAUGACAUCAGCAGCUCCAGUGAGGAGGAGGAGGAUGAAGUGGACCGACACGAGGACGAGGACCUGAAUAUCAUGGACACAGAGGAUGAUCUCGUCCGACAGCUCCAAGACAAACUGAACGAGUCUGAUUCUGCGCAGCAUGAGAGUGACAGAAACAACCAGAUAGUUAUGGAGUUCCAGGUGCAGAUCAACAGUGUUAAGGCUAAGCUGCAGGAUACCCGCGCACGAAAGAAACAACAGGAGGAGCUCAUCAUGAAAGUAGAAAACCAGGCACUCAAAAACCGUUUCCAGGCCUUGUUAGAUGAGAUUAUUCAGCAGGAGGAGCGGGAGAUGGAGCAGCUGGCCUCCCUGCAAGAGCAACUUGACUCACUGAUAGAGAAGUGACCACCAGGGGGCAGCCUGCUGUCAUCUUCUGACACAUAGACACACACCAGGAGGAGGUCUUCAUCCAGGAAGGAGAGAGUCUCUAAUAACUAUUGUGCUGUGUCAUCUCUCUCACUUUGUCAUUUUCAUACUUAAUGAUGUUUUGUUAGGUGGACGGACUGAAUUUGUUGUUACUAAAUGUAAAAUGAAAAUAUUUGGUCACCUCAAAGGUGGUGGAUAUCAUGAUUUAUCAAGCUAUCUGUGGUCAUUUUCUAUAUGAAGAAUAAAUGAUACUGAAACACAAGAGCAGUCAGCUCCACUGUAUAUUGGAAAUCAACAUUUUUCUUUUUAGUAAAGUUUUUUUUUUUUUUAUACUGCUUAUCAGUGUUUUAAUUGUCAUCUGUGGCAGGAUGAUGUACACUUACAAAUUAAAGACAAAAAAAAUA